AUGGCAGUGUCUCCUGAAAUUGGCUUCUCGGGCCACGACAAUAGCGAUGUCGAGAAGAAGGCAAAUCUGUCCAAGGUCCAAAGUUCCUGCGAUGGCGAAGUCCUAGAGUCGUCUUCCCAUGGGACCAAGAGAGCAAUCAAGUCCCGACAUGCACACAUGAUCGCAAUUGGCGGCAGUGUUGGAACUUCUCUGUUUGUUGCGUCGGGUCAAGCUCUUGCGGCUGGAGGACCUGCACUCCUUUUGAUUUCUUAUCUCUUGUUGUCUUUGCUGGUAUACGGCAUCGUUACCGCUGUAAUUGAGAUCGGUACAUACCUCCCAGUGCCCGGAUCCUCCAUGUCGAUGUAUUGCGGCCGAUAUGUGUCCAGAUCCCUGGGCGUAGCGCAAGGCUAUUUAUACUUUUACGCAUUUGGUAUCAUCGCAGCUUACGAAGUCGUUGCCGGCACGAUUAUUAUCGACUAUUGGCCAAACAAGGUUCACGUUGCUAUUCUGAUAACAAUCAUGGUGGCUGUCGUGAUUCUACUCAACGUGUUUCCCGUGGGUGUCUACGCCGAGGCCGAAUUCUGGUUCGCUAGCAUCAAGGUUGUUCUGAUCCUUGGACUGUUGCUUUUGUCCUUGGUACUGAUGUGCGGUGGCGGACCCGGGCACGAGCGUCUUGGCUUCCGAUAUUGGGACAAUCCGGGAGCUGUCAACGAAUAUAUCCUCCCAGGAGCCAAGGGCCGAUUCGUAGCCUUCAUCUAUGUCUGGAUUCUUUGCGGCUUCUCGUUCUACUUUGGGCCCGAGCUGGUGAUUGUGACGUCGGGAGAAAUGCGCAACCCUCGCAAGAACCUCCCAAUUGCUGCGAGGCAAUUCUUUUGGCGUCUCAUCUUCUUCUAUGUUCUGGGUGCCAUAGCCAUGGGUGCCAUUUGCGCCUCCAAUUCGCCAGGUCUGGUUUCUGGUUCCGGCAACGCCAACUCAUCUCCCUGGGUCAUCGCCAUCAAGAAUGCUGGCAUCGAGGGCCUCCCGUCUGUCGUCAACGCUGGUAUCCUCACAAGUGCAUGGUCUUCUGGAAACUCGUAUUUGUACAUGUCCAGUCGUUCGCUUUACUCUCUGGCGGUCUCUGGAGAUGCUCCCAAGAUCUUUGCCAGAUGCAACCGAUGGGGUGUACCCACCUAUUCAGUCUUGACCGCGAGUCUAUUCAUGCUUCUGGCGUACAUGUCGUGCUCCUCAGAAGCAGGCACCGUGUUCAACUGGUUCAUCAACAUCACCAACACUACGGGCUACACUUCAUGGGUGCUUUGCUGCAUUACAUUUAUCCGCUUCCGCAAAGCUUGCAAGGCUCAGGGAAUCAAGCCACCAUACCAGUCACGGAUUCAACCCUGGGCGGCUUGGAUAUGCAUGAUUAUUUUCGCAAUACUAUGUCUUCUCAAUGGCUUCACAAACUUCUUCCUGGGCCACUGGUCGACGGGCAACUUCUUUUCGGCAUACAUCGGCUUACCCAUUUUCUUCAUCAUCUGGUUGGGGCACAAGUUUACUGUUGGACGAAAAGAUUCUUGGAUGUAUAAUCCCAGCGACGUGGAUUUGACCACUGGUUUGGACGUGAUUGAGGCGGAUGUGUUGAUGUAUCAGGAAGAAGAGAUGAGUAGAGGCGAAAGCAAGGGAUUUCUUCAUACUGUGAAGAAGAUAGUUGCCUCCUAG